CAGAAUAAUAGGGGCUAAAAGUUUUUGUAUAACAAUUUUUUGCAAGAUGAGAGUGGAAAAGGAAAUAUAUAUACUUACACAUAUACUUAAGUCUUUUUAGGUUUAGGGUUUGUGAGUUAGUGUUUUAAGUGCAACCUCAAAUUAUAAAAUAAAAUCCUCUGGUGUAUGUGGUGGAGAGGAGGGGAAGGUAGAGGUGGAGAAUGACAGAUAAAUGGUAGAAGUAGAUAAUUUUAGUGCCAUAUUAGUAAGUCCUGAAGAUUUUUUUAGACCACUUAGCUAUCAUACUGGGAUGAUUUUGAGAGAUGUUGAGGGGCCAUGUAACUAGAGAACAGUUUUGUUCUAUACUUAGUGUGGAAGAGCCAUAAAAUAUCUCUUGUGAACUGAUGGGGGUUAUCACAUGUGUUUUCUCUCUCUUAUAACUCUGCUGCCUUGACUUUUCUUAGGUUUUGAGUAAUAGUCAUAAUAUUAUGACUUGUAGAAUGCUUAGUUUAUGUCAGACAUUGUGUAACGGGCUUUAUUUACAUGUGGUAUUUAAUCAGAUCUCCAUUUUACAUUUGACACAAUGUGCCAGAGAAGUUUGCCCCUGGGCCAACAACUGGUAAGUACUGAUGGUGUAAUGAUUAGAGUCUAACUCCAUGAAUGAUGAAGUCAUGAAUACUCCAUAGCACUUAAUGCUGGCAUUUUCUGCUGCUCUGAUAAUCAGAAUUAUUCUGGUGUUUAGAAAAUAAAGAAUAAGGAUUCAAACAAAUGACCGUUGAUAUAUUCCUCAUUACUCUCUUUUACAGGGAAAUUUAGGAACCUUUUUUAUUACCAACGUGAGAAUUGUAUGGCAUGCAAAUAUGAAUGACAGUUUUAACGUCAGUAUACCAUACCUGCAAAUUAGUGGAGGAUAUGUUCUUGGCUUUAAAAUAGAUCCUGUGGAAAAACUACGAGAAUCAGUUAAGGAAAUCAAUUCACUUCACAAAGUCUAUUCCGCCAGUCCAAUAUUUGGAGUGGAUUAUGAGAUGGAAGAAAAGCCACAGCCCCUUGAAGCUCUGACAGUUGAACAAAUUCAAGAUGAUGUGGAAAUAGACUCUGAUGAUCAUACAGAUGCCUUUGUGGCUUAUUUUGCUGAUGGCAAUAAGCAACAAGAUCGUGAACCUGUAUUUUCAGAAGAACUGGGGCUUGCAAUAGAGAAAUUGAAGGAUGGAUUCACCCUACAGGGACUUUGGGAAGUAAUGAGUUGAUCUUGAGUUGAGCUGGAUUUCUUUAAAGAUAUCUCAAGGUUAAAGAUAGUAGCCGCCUGUUAUUAGGCAUGAAAUAAUUUUUACAUUUACAGAAAUAGCUUUUAAGAAAGAGUUUUUUAAUGAUUAAGGAAAAACUCACUUAUCUAAUAUUUUACUGCCAGUUUUCUAAAAAUUAUAUUUAAAAUUGUAAUCAAAAUAUAUCUGGUUUGUAAAUAUGUUUAUUUUUUACCUAAUACUUGUAAAUUACUAGUCUGCAGAUACUAAAUGACUGUAUCAUGUUGGGUUUAAUAAAGAAUUUAUGCAGCAUCAUUUAAUGUUUUGAAAGUAUUAUUUAAAAGAAUAAGACUAUUUAUAUAUUCUUAUGGAAUUAUCAAAAUACAGCUUUUUAAGUUAUAAAUAUAUGCUUUAAAUAUAUUAUCACAUUGCUCGAAAUGUAAGCCAACUCUUAAUAUAAAUUAUGACUCUUAAACUUGUCAUUUUUAGGUGAUCAUUUUUGUAAAAACUAAAAAUUACAACUAACUCUUGUAUAUAUCAACUCCUAUAAAGUUUUGGGCACUGUUUUGUAAAUAAUUUCAAUAUAGUUUUAGCAAGAAUACAUUUAUUUUGUAAGUAAAUAGUUUUAAGUAGUUUGUAAAUAGUUCAUUUGACUGUCUCCUUGUUUGUAUUCAUUGAAAAUUUUUUGAAGUUCUCAAAAAAAGGAUAUUAUUUUCAGAUUUUUUGGUUACAUAAGAUUUGGUGACCUCUCUGGCCAUCAGUGUUUUUUGCCACUGCUUCGGUAUAAAUUAGCAUCAUAGGGAACCUUUGUCAAAUCAUUGAAAUUAGCCAAAAGAGCCCUCUUUCUCUAGAGGAAAAGGAGUGAGCAUGUAAAAACGUUUAACAUAAGGUUCAAUUGUAUAUACAACCAUAAACACACAGUACAACCAAAUGCUAACCUGAAUCUAAUAAAAACCAAUGAAAUAAA